AACUGUUUACGGCACUUCGAUCCUCUGUACGGCUCUCACCAGUCUGGUCCCGUCUCCAAACAAGCAUGGCGACCGCCGCGGGUUGCUCAAGUGACGAUGUUUCGGAGGGAACUAGUCAAUGUGGGGAUGGAGCAGGCAACAGUGCUGCCCCAGAAGGGAAUACCACCUCGGGGAGUGACGGGAACCAGAAACCUGUGUGUCUGAUAGUCCUUGGAAUGGCAGGCUCCGGAAAAACAACUUUUGUUCAGCGUGUAACGGCGUACCUCCAUGCCAGAAAGUCCCCACCUUACGUGAUCAAUCUGGACCCAGCUGUACACGAAGUUCCAUUCCCCGCUAAUAUAGAUAUACGGGACACUGUGAACUACAAAGAAGUUAUGAAGCAAUAUGGUUUAGGUCCCAACGGAGGAAUCGUCACAUCUUUGAACCUAUUUGCCACCAGAUUUGACCAGGUUAUGAAAUUCAUUGAGAAAAAACAGAGCCAUCACCAGUAUGUUUUGAUUGACACACCUGGACAAAUAGAGGUGUUUACAUGGUCAGCUUCUGGCACCAUCAUCACUGAAUCACUGGCAUCAAGCUUCCCCUGCGUGGUGGUGUACGUGAUGGACACGUCACGGAGUGUGAAUCCAGUCACCUUCAUGUCCAACAUGCUCUACGCCUGCAGCAUUAUGUAUAAGACCAAGCUGCCAUUCAUCGUGGUGAUGAACAAGACGGACAUCAUUGAUCACAGCUUUGCGGUGGAAUGGAUGCAGGACUUUGAGACGUUCCAGGAGGCACUGAACCAGGAGACGUCCUACAUGAGCAACCUGACCCGAUCCAUGAGCCUGGUUCUGGACGAGUUCUACACAAACAUCCGGGUUGUAGGGGUAUCAGCCGUCAUGGGCACUGGCCUGGAGGAGCUCUUUGUGCAAGUAGCUGAGGCAGCCAAGGAGUACGAGACUGACUACCGCCCGGAGUAUGAAAGGCUUCACAGAGAACUGGCUGCUGCCCAGAGUAAGAAAGAGCAGGAUCAGAUUGAUCGCCUGCACAAGGACAUGGGGAAGGUUCCUCUGGACAACCCUAAUGCUGCAGCCACAGGGGACGCAGAGGUCAAUGGUCCCUGUGACCUCAUCUUCACACGAGGGAACCCCGACGCGGACGAGGAGGACGAGGACAGCGACACUGAUGACAUCGACCAUCAAGUCACGGAAGACAGCAGAGAAACCCCGGCCUUCAAGACCUUCCUGAAGGACAGGAAGGAAGUGAUUCAAGCACGGAACAGGAAGAUGCAGUGAGUUUGCCGAGACGCACGCGCAUGGCGGGUCACAAACUAUCUGUGACCCUCAAAGGACGGCGGAACCCCCCCCCCCCCCUCCCC